AUGUUCACUGCAUAUGGUGCAUCACAAAGAAGUAAUAAAAAAUGGGGCAAAUUGACGAUUUUUAAAUGUAAAAAUCCUAAUGAGGUAAAUUUAACAGAAUUUACUAAUCGACCAACGUAUGGGUUAUGCGCCGAUAAGACAGCAAACACUUUUAAAUGGUUUGGAGGAAAUAAAUAUGAAGAUGCAGCCGAAUUAUACAAUAAAGCUGCAAAUAUGUUUAAGCUGGCAAAACGAUCUGCAAAUAUGCAAUUACAAUUAAAUGAACGUGAUGAAGCAUCUACUACAUUUAUAAAUGCUUCAAAAUGUUAUAGAAAAUGUAGUUUUGAAGGUAGAUUUCAAGCAGCAGCCAAUCUUCAAAAAGAUAUUGCACAAAUUUAUGAAUCAGAUUUAGUUGAUUUGGAGAAAGCAAUGCAAGCAUAUGAAAUUGCUGCUGAGUGGUAUUUAGGCGAAGAAUCAACAGCAUUGGCAAAUGGUUGUUUUAUAAAGGCUGCCACAUUUGCAGCAACAUUAGAACAAUAUGACAAAGCAAUUGAAAAGUUUGAGCAAGUUGCUAUGGCAAGUCUUGAUAAUCAAUUGGCAAAAUGGUCACUUAAAGAAUAUUUCUUGAAAGCUGGAUUGUGUCAUAUUGCUUUUGGGGAUCAUAUUGGAGCUCGUAGAGCUAUUGAAAGAUAUGGAGAUGUAGAUGUUACUUUUUCUGGCACAAGAGAAUGUCAAUUUCUUGAGGCAGUAGAAGGUGGAGAUGUUGAAACUUUUACAAAUAGAGUGGUUGAAUUUGAUCAACUCACAAAAUUAGAUAAUUGGAAAACUACUAUUUUAUUAAGAAUUAAAAAAAGCAUUCAAGAUGAAUCUUCUUUAACUUAA